UGGGUCAGUUGUGAAUUUGCUGUCUCCUCCCACAAUACGACGAUGGCCCGCUCCAUGACCUACCUCGCGGCCGCGGCGCUCUGCGUCGCGCUUGUCGCUGCCGACUCGGCCACGACGGCGCCCGUCAACCAAGUGCAGAAGGUGCUCAACACCUCGGGCUCGCAAGUCAUUGACACGCUCUCGGGCGGCGACUCGGCGACCGCCUCGACGCUCAAGGGCAUCUUUGCCGCGAUCGCGCUCGUCGCGUCGCUCGGCGUCACCUUUGCCGGCUACAAGAUGAUCUACCCGGUGCUCUUCGCGGCCUCGUUCUUCUUUGGCGCGUGCUUCUCGUACGACGUGCUCCUCCAGCUCUUCGCCAACCAGAACGCAGCGUACGUCGGCUUUGUCAUUGGCGGCAUCCUCGCCGCGGUCCUCGUCCUCUACUUUUACGACGUGGGUAUCUUCGCGAUCGGCGCGGUCGCCGGCGCGAUGGGCGGCUUCAUCUUUGACGCGUCGUUCACGGCCAGCCUCGGCGGCGAGAACCACCUGUACGUGCACUAUGCGAUCGUGAUCAUUACGGCGAUCGCCGGCGGUGUCGCGGCGCUCAAGCUUGAGAAGACGGCGCUCGUGAUUGCGACGUCGUUUGCGGGCGCGGCCAUCUUUAUCGGCGCGCUUGGCCACUUCAUCGGCGGGUACCCGACCGGCGACCAGCUCACCAACAUCAAGGGCAACGCGUCGUUCAUCAACAACGUGCCGUCCUCGUGGUGGGGCUACUUCGCCGCGACGCUCGUGCUCUUCGCCCUCGGCGCCUACGUGCAGUUCUUCCACACGGCCAAGAACGUCAACCACAUUGACGGCAACUCGGACGAGAAGAAGCCGCUCCACGGCUACCGCAAUGUCUAAGCGCGAUUAAGAUCGAAUAAGAUCGCCGCCAUGCGGUAAAUAAGAACAUGAUAUGUGUGUGUCCA